CAUCCCACCUCCAAACAGAGCCGAACGAUUCGAGCUCACAAAAUUCGAAAGCGCAGUCCCGUGACCGGUGACCAUGAGUAGAAGAAACAAAGCUCCCCGACCAGCAAACGUUUAGACUGCUCCGAUCAGGGUAGCCUGGAAGUGUUGUCCCUUGCUCUAAUGUUCGUACUAGAAGCCAAUAAAGCCAGAUAGCUGGCUAAUUCCUCAUGUUCUUUAUGGCUCUAGACUUCGAGUUCUCCUGAAUUGGCGAGGGACUGAGAAGGACAGCUUCUUGGUCCCUGUUGUAUGAGCCACGAAGGUGGAGGUUUAUGAGGGAAGAUGUUGAGCAUGAAAAGUGACUGCACAUUUCUUGGGAUUAAGCUUCGCGGUUCUUUGGAAGGUAGCAGCAGCUGUAGGAACCUCUUUCAUCUGGAGACGAGGGAGUUGCUAAAAAGGGAUCGUCGUAGAUGCGCUAUAUCUGCUAAACAAAGUAAUCCAAUCAACCAAGAAUUUAGGUUUUCGUAUUUUUGUGGAGAAAAUGCAGAGUUUUUGAGAAGAUCCCCUAUUUUGAGAAAUGGGUUGAGAUUGAAAUGCAUCAAGGAACCUUUUUCUCGAAACAAGGACCUGCUUAGUUAUAUGAACCCUUUAUGGAAAGAGGGGCUCCUUUUGAUAAGGGCAUCUAUUUAUACAGCCGUUAUAUCUGGAAUAUGUCUACUGGCAUGGUACGGGCAGAAUAAGGCCAAAGGUUUCAUCGAAGCCAAGUUAUUACCUUCGGUUUGUUCAGCAAUCAGUGAAUACAUUCAGCGUGACCUUGAGUUUGGUAAGGUUCGUAGAAUAUCACCGUUAAGCAUUACAUUGGAGUCAUGUUCCUUUGGGCCACACAAGGAAGAAUUUUCAUGCGGUGAGGCUCCCUCAGUCAAGCUUCGAAUUCGCCCCUUUGCAAGUUUGAGGAGGGGAAAAUGGGUGAUCGAUGCUGUUUUGUCACAACCUAGUGUCUUGGUAGCACAAAAGAAGGACUUUACUUGGUUAGGAAUACCACAAUCAGAAGGUGGUAUACAGAGACACUUAUCAACUGAAGAAGGGAUAGAUCAUAGGGCAAAAGUCAGGAGGCUUGCACGAGAGGAAUCAGCUGCUCGCUGGACAAGAGAAAGGGAUGCUGCAGCUAGGGAAGCUGCUGAGGCCGGCUACUUUGUUUCUGAGUGUUUUGGUCUAUAUGAGGAUGAUGAUUUAAAGGAGAUUGCAACUCCUUCCACAGUAUCGGGGAAUUCCAAAUCCUUUUUCUGCAUGAAUGAGGAGAAGCAUGAUCAUCAUUGCAUGGACACUGGCGUUGAUUAUGACAUGAAACAUGCAAAAUUGGAAAAAUCAUUUGGGGUUAAAUUUCCUGGUUCUGGGCUUAGAUUUUGGUCCAGAGUAAUAAAAAGGGGCAAGGCACAUAAAUUUAAAAGGAAGGCUAAUGGGACUGACAUUUGUGCGUCUGGUAUUGCCGUUAAACGAAGAAUUUUUGAACGUAGUGCAUCAGCAGCUCAUACAUAUUUUUCUGGCCCACAUGGGAAGUUUGGGGACGCUUCAUCACCUUCUGAAUGUUUUCAUUUUAUGAACCACAAUGAACUUUCGGUGAUGAGUGAGAUUGACAAAAGUGCAGAAUCUGUUGCCAACAUUGAUGAAAAUGGAAGUGAUAGUAUAAAAAUAGCGACACAUGUCACAGAUUCGGGAAUUUGUUCUCCUGCAGUUCGUGAAAAUGUUACUGGUCACUCUGAUUGUGACAAUCGUAACCAAAAUUCAACCUUAGAGACGGAAGAGAGUGAAUGCGACAAUUUGCAGUCUAGCGGAGAUGUUUCAGAACCUGUUAAUGUUAAUGGUUCUGCAGAGGAAAAUGGGGAGAUGGGACUCGAUGUUGCUGACAAACAAACUGAUGAUAACACGCCAGGGGUGCAAAGAGGUUUAGCAUCUGAAAUUCCAGUCUCAUUUUUCAGAAUUGUUGGGGAGUUCUUAUCUUGCUUUCUUUCUGGUCCCGCUCAAAAUUUGAAGCCUGGCGCCGGUCUGAAAGUUGAAGAUAUUGUUACAGAACAUGUUGAUGGUGUAGGUGUCCAGCAGUCUGAAGGAAUUACUAAUAUGCUUCCUUUUACAUUGGACUCUGUUCAUUUCAGAGAUGCAACGGUGAUGCUGCUUGCAUAUGGUGACAGAGAAGUUAGGGAGAUGGAGAAUGUCAGUGGGCUUGUGAAGUUCCAGAACCACUAUAGCCGCAUUCACGUACAAUUGAGUGGAAAUUGCAAGACUUGGAGAUCAGAUAUGAUGUCUAGAGAUGGUGGCUGGCUGUCUGCCAAUGUUUUUGUUGACAUUAUUGAGCAGAAUUGGCAUGCUAAUUUAAAAAUUGACAAUCUGUUUGUACCGCUAUUUGAAAGGAUCCUAGAAAUUCCGAUAACAUGGUCUAAGGGAAGAGCCAGCGGUGAGGUUCAUUUGUGCAUGUCAAGGGGCGAAACUUUCCCAAAUUUUCACGGACAGCUAGAUCUGACGGGCUUGGAGUUCCAUUUAUUGGAUGCUCCAUCAUCAUUUUCUAACAUGUCAGUUAGUUUAUGUUUUCGCGGCCAAAGAAUAUUCUUGCACAAUGCAAAUGGCUGGUUUGGCAGCAUUCCUCUAGAAGCAUCAGGAGAUUUUGGCAUUCAUCCUGAAGAAGGAGAGUUCCAUCUCAUGUGUCAGGUUCCAAGCGUUGAAGUGAAUUCCCUAAUGAGAACUUUUAAGAUGAGACCUCUCUUAUUCCCUAUUGCUGGUUCAGUUACUGCUCUAUUUAAUUGUCAAGGCCCAUUGGAUGCUCCUGUAUUUGUGGGUAGUGCAAUGGUUUCUAGGACAUUCUCUCAAUUACAUAUUGAAACCUCUACAUCUGCAGCAUUUGAAGUACUUGCUAAAAGUAAAGAGACUGGGGCACUAGCAGCGUUUGAUCGUGUUCCUUUCUCACAUGUGUCUGCCAAUUUCACUUUCAAUACUGAUGACUGUGUUGCUGAUUUAUAUGGAAUUAGGGCAAGCAUUGUAGAUGGUGGUGAAAUUAGAGGGGCUGGAAAUGCAUGGAUAUGCCCAGAGGGUGAGGAGGAUGAGACAGCUUUAGAUGUGAACUUCUCUGGAAAUUUGGGCAUUGAUAAAAUCAUUCUUCGUUACAUACCCAGUUACUAUCACCUGAUGUCUUUCAAAUUAGGGGACUUAAAUGGAGAGACAAAAGUUUCAGGAUCUCUUUUGAAACCGAGAUUUGAUAUAAGAUGGACUGCAGCUAAAGCAGAAGGGUCUUUUAGCGAUGCCAGGGGAGAUAUCAUUAUCUCUCAUGAGUUCAUUACCAUUAAUUCUUCCUCAGCUGGAUUUGAUUUGUAUAUGAGAGUUCAAACGUCUUACAUUGAUGAUUUUCCUCUUAGAAGAGAAGAGUUUUAUGCAACAAAAACCAUUCCAUUUACUAUUGAUGGAGUUGAGUUGGAUUUGCGUAUGCAUGGCUUUGAAUUCUUCAAUUUGGUUUCUCCAUAUACAUUUGAUUCUCUAAGGCCUUUGCAUCUCAAGGCAACUGGAAGGAUUAAGUUUCAGGGGAAGGUCUUGAAACCUAGCAUUGGUGAUAAGGAACAAAAGUUUGAGGACAGGCAUCAGGAACAAAUAUCGGAGAAAGGAAGUGCAGAUAGCCUUGUUGGUGAGGUUUCAAUCGCCGGUCUAAAACUGAAUCAACUGAUGUUGGCACCUCAGCUAUUUGGGUUGCUGAGAGUUUCUCCUGAGUGUAUCAAGUUGGAUGCCUCUGGCCGGCCUGAUGAAAGUCUUGCAUUUGAGUUUGUUGGGCCACUACAGCCUAGUGGUGAAGAUGGUCCACAAAGUGGAAAACUGUUGUCCAUAUUCCUUCAGAGGGGGCAUUUAAGAGCUAAUCUUCGUUUUCAACCAUUUCAUUCAGCAAACUUGGAGGUACGGCAUUUUCCACUUGAUGAGCUGGAGCUUGCAUCUCUCAGGGGAACUAUACAAAGAGCAGAAAUCCAGCUGAAUCUUCAGAAAAGAAGAGGACAUGGAGUUCUAUCUGUUCUUCGACCAAAGUGCAGUGGUCUGCUUGGUGAAGCCCUUGAUGUGGCGGCUAGAUGGAGUGGAGAUGUUAUCACUAUUGAGAAAACUGUUUUGGAACAACACUACAGUCGUUAUGAACUUCAAGGUGAAUAUGUGUUGCCUGGCACUCGAGAUAGAAGCCCUGUAGGCAGAAAGGGAGAUGGCUUUUUGAAAAAGCUCAUGUCUGGGCAUCUUGGUAAUGUUAUAUCCUCAAUGGGCAGGUGGAGAAUGAAGCUUGAAGUAAGUAGAGCUGAGGUUGCUGAGAUGCUUCCUCUUGCAAGGCUUAUUUCUCGGAGUGCAGAUCCUGCUGAUCAUUCAAGAUCAAAGGAUAUUUUUAUUCAGAGUUUGCAGUCAGUUGGAUUAUAUGCUGAAAGCCUUCAACAACUGCUUGAGAUAACAAGGUGGCAUCAUGCUCCAUCAAAUGACGUUGUUCUGGAGGAUUUAGACCUCCCUGGUUUAUCUGAACUUAAAGGUCGUUGGCAUGGCUCUCUUGAUGCUAGUGGUGGAGGAAAUGGAGACACUGUGGCAGAAUUUGACUUUCAUGGUGAGGACUGGGAGUGGGGAGAUUACAAAACCCAGCGGGUCUUGGCAGUUGGCGCUUACAGUAAUGAUGAUGGGCUCCACCUGGAGAAAAUUUUUAUCCAGAAUGAUAAUGCCACCAUUCAUGCAGAUGGAACUUUAUUGGGGUCUAAAACAAAUUUACAUUUUGCUGUCCUAAAUUUUCCUGUUAGUUUGGUCCCAACUCUAGUUCAAGUCAUUGAAUCUACGGCAACAGAUGUUGUUCAUUCUCUGCGGCAAUUGUUAGCACCCAUAAAGGGUAUAUUGCAUAUGGAAGGAGAUCUCAGAGGAAGUUUAGCAAAACCAGAAUGUGAUGUGCAAGUAAGGCUUCUGGAUGGUGCCAUUGGCGGUAUUGAUCUUGGGCGAGCAGAAGUAGUUGCUUCUCUUACCUCAUCCAGUCGUUUUCUGUUCAAUGCAAAAUGUGAACCCAUAAUCCAAAAUGGUCAUGUACUUAUUCAAGGAAGUGUUCCUGUCAGUUUUGUACAGAAUAACACGUUACAGGAAGAUGUAGAAUUGGAUAAAAAUGAGGCUGCUUGGGUUCCUGACUGGGUAAAGGAGAAGAAUAAGGGGAAUAUUGAUGAUGGUAGUGACAAAAAACUUUCUAGAGAGAGAAACGAAGAUGGUUGGAAUACUAAGUUAGCAGAAAGCCUUAAAGGAUUAAAUUGGCAGAUUUUGGAUGUUGGAGAAGUCAGGGUUGAUGCUGAUAUAAAAGAUGGGGGAAUGAUGCUGCUGACAGCUUUAUCUCCUUAUGCCAAUUGGCUCCAGGGCAAUGCUGAUGUCAUGCUUGAGGUCAGAGGCACAGUUGAUCAACCCGUUCUUGAUGGAUAUGCAUCAUUCCAUAGGGCAUCUAUAACUUCACCAGUGCUACGGAAGCCACUCACCAACUUUGGUGGAACUGUUUAUGUGAAAUCAAACAGGUUAUGCAUCACCUCAUUGGAGAGUAGGGUCAGCAGAAAAGGAAAACUGCUUGUAAAGGGGAACCUUCCUCUUAGAACUAGUGAAGCAGCCCUUGACGACAAGAUUGAGUUGAAGUGUGAAGUUUUGGAAGUGCGGGCAAAAAAUAUUUUGAGUGGUCAAGUUGAUUCCCAGGUGCAAAUAACUGGUUCGAUAUUGCAACCAGAUAUAUCUGGGAAUAUCAAACUUAGCCAUGGAGAGGCAUAUUUACCGCAUGAUAGGGGUGGUGCUACUACUUCUGAUAGAUUUCCGUCAAAUCAGUCUAUGCUUCCUACUGGUGGUGUAAGUCAAGCAGUUGCUUCAAGAUAUGUUUCACGAUUCUUCAGCUCAAAACCCGUGGCUUCAAAGACCAAAGUUUCUCAGUCUUCCGUUAAGUCAACUCAAGUUGAAAAGGAUAUGGAGCAAGUGCAGAUUAAACCAAAUGUAGAAGUUCGUCUUAGUGAUUUGAAACUUGUGCUUGGACCUGAGUUGAAGAUAGUUUAUCCUUUGAUUCUUAAUUUUGGUGUUAGUGGAGAGCUUGAAUUGAAUGGUCUUGCUGACCCCAAAUGGAUAAAACCUAGAGGCAUACUGACAUUUGAGAAUGGUGAAGUGGAUCUAGUUGCAACACAGGUGAGGUUAAAACGAGAGCAUCUAAAUGUUGCCAAAUUUGAGCCUGAAUAUGGACUAGACCCCAUGCUGGAUAUAGCCUUGGUUGGAUCAGAGUGGCAGUUUAGGAUUCUAGGUCGAGCAAGCAAUUGGCAGGACAAACUUGUGGUGACCUCAACACGUUCUGUGGAACAGGAUGCAUUAUCACCCACUGAGGCUGCCAGAAGGUUUGAGAGUCAGUUGGCUGAAUCCAUUUUGGAAGGGAAUGGUCAGCUAGCAUUUGAAAAACUUGCAACUGCAACUCUUGAAAAAUUAAUGCCUAGAAUUGAAGGGAAGGGAGAGUUUGGGCAGGCAAGGUGGAGACUAGUAUAUGCACCACAGAUACCAAGUUUGGUUUCUGUUGAUCCUACAGUGGAUCCUCUCAAGUCACUUGCCAGUAAUAUAUCGUUUGGUACAGAGGUUGAAGUUCAGCUGGGGAAACGUCUUCAGGCUACGAUUGUGAGGCAGAUGAAGGAAUCAGAGAUGGCUUUGCAAUGGACAUUGAGCUACCAGCUAACAAGUCGGUUGCGAGUGCUUUUGCAAUCAGCUCCAUCCAAACGCCUUCUUUUCGAGUAUUCUGCUACCUCCCAGGAUUAAUUUGACGUGUUCCGCAAGUAUUUUGUACAAGAGAUACGCAGUAAUGUACAUGUUCAUUGUUCUUUUGCUCGGAUUGAGCUUCUCUAUUUGUACAGAAUAUUCAAUUUCUAAUCAAAGGAAAUAUAUCAAUUUAGGCCAAAAUAUAAUUUAUUCUCAUCAA